CGUAGUAGUACUGGGAUUCAAACAAACAUACACACACACACAAACACACACACUCUCGCCCUCCCUCUCUUUCUCGCUCUCUGCAGCUCUGCCUAAUUGGAUAAUGUUCCUGUCCGUCUCGAUUAUCCCCGCUGAUGUCAUCGCCGUGACAACCAAUCCACCUCUGACCCCGCCUAUUUAAACCCCGCAGCCAUUCAUUCAAGCGGAAGGAGUUGUUCUGGCUGUUAAAACCCAAAACCCUGUUGUUCCUCUGUUUUUCUGUGUUCUAGUUACGCUGCCUUACUGUGUUUUGUUCUUGUAUGUCAAUUGUUCCGUGUUUUCCCCCGCUUUGUUCUAGUCACUUGUUUGUAUAGUUAACUUAGUGCUCGUUCCCCUGGUUUGUGUCUCUGUUAGUGUUGGGGAAAUGUGGACAGGUAAGUACGUCACGUGACACACAUUUGUACAGCGCGUAGGAAUUCCGUUUUUUUUGUAUUAGACACAUUAGGUUAGGAGCGAGCACCACCCUCUGUACUUCUGGUUUGCACAGAUAGAGCAGGUAGUUAGCGCGUCCUGGACGCUGAGGAUUUAUUUUUCUAUCUGUUGUUAUAGUUAGGUUAGAGGGGUUAAAAUAGUUAGCCUUGUUUUGUUCAUUUCUUUGCUUUGGUGCCGCUCGCGUCCCUUUUCCCCUUUUGUGUCUUGUUACGUGUUACUGUAAAUAAUUUGUAAAUAUUACCACUAUCACUUGGCACUACACACUUUUCCACUUGUAUAUAGAUAAAUAAAUCACCUGGAUUGAUGUGCACUACUAGUUGGUGGUCCCUGACUACACACACACACACACACACACACACCUGAUAUUUUUAAUAAUCAAAUAAGUGUUAUUCCCCACAUACCCCUAGACUAACUGGGGUUGUAACAGGAAUAUUUUCCUCUUCAGUUUGAGGUAGUAUGAGAAGACUUUAAUAUAAUAUGGCAGCUGUACAUGGAGACAUGAGUGACUAUAGGGAAAGUGAAUGGGAGCACAGUGGGUGGAGAAAAUGAAACUAGAGUUAAAGGAAGGCAGCUUCUGCAGGCAAUAUUAAUACAUGAGGCACUGUUUUCUUAAUUACAUUUUAAAAAAAUGAAGAUUACAUGAUAUGUGAGACUCAGGUACUUCAUUUACUAUUUCAAUUCAGGCGAUUACAUUGUUGUUUACUUGUGACGUCAUGCAAAGAUUUGAGGCUGUAUUUGAAGCGGAAGUACUUUCGGUUUCCAUUCCUGAAGCUAUGGGUGGAGAAUGAAACAGCUUAUAUCCGUGUCAGCACAGUCCCUCUGAUCUGUUUUCACUUGGUGGUAUGUACAGAGACUGACCACGAUGAGUUCAACACAAGACACAUUUUUCAAAACCAGACUUCUUCAGCUGGAAUGCCAUUUUACCUGGGCUCUGAAUAAAAAUGAUACAGAUCUCACUGAUCUUCUGAACAGGCUAGAGGAACAGCUUAACCUGGACAUCGGAAGGGAGGCAGGAGCUGCGCGCACACACAGCUGUAUGGGAUUUGUGAAAUUUCUACUAGGCUCCAAUACUGAGGCUCUCAGCAACUUUCAGAAAUCUGCAGAGCUCACUAAAUCUCAUGGAAAUGACUGUGACAAGCUGCUUGUUGUUGCCUAUGGAGGCCUUGCGUGGUUAUACUAUCAUAUGGGUAAUUUUGCAGAGUGUGAAAGCUACCUGAAUAAGCUGCGUGAGAUUAAAGAAAAACAUCCAUCUGUCCCGUACGCUGAGGUGCUUGGAGAGCAGGGAUGGACCUUCCUUAAAUUUUCUCACAGAUAUUAUGAAAAGGCUAAAGAGUGCUUCAAGAAGGCCCUGGAGCUGGACCCAGAUGAGGGUGAAUGGAAUGCCGGCCUUGCCAUUGCUCUGUAUUGGACAGAAUAUACUCUCCAAGAUCGUGCAGCUUCAACUGCAGUUGAUCAACUUAGACGGGCCAUAGCCACUAACCCAGAUGAUGAUGUUCUUAAAGUCCUGCUUGCUCUGAGAUUGGCUACUUACAAGAAGUACAGUGAGGCAGAGAGCCUAGUGGAGCAAGCCUUAGAGAGGUCUCCAGAACACCCACAUGUGAUUCGAUAUGUUGGGAAGUUUUUCCGGAAUGGAGGAUCUGUGGACAGGUCCAUUGCCCUGCUGAAGACGUUAGAGAAAGUGUCCAACGCAGCCUUUAUACACCAUCAGCUGGGGCUCUGCUAUAAGAAAAAGAUCAUGAACCUGAGGCACGCAGGAAGCCACCACACAAGAGGUGCUGAAAUUAAGCGAGCUCGAGAGCAGUGCAUCUACCACUUGGAGAUGGCAACUGAACUGAAGACCGGCUUCACCGUUGCCAUGAGUGAUCUCGCCCUCCAGUACGGGGCGAACCGGGAUGUGUCGAGAGCAGAAGAAAUGUUCCAGCGUACAUUUCAGAAAGCUAAAGAAAAAAAAGACAGUUACCAGUAUAUUCAUCUCUGUUAUGCAGAAUUUCAGCAGUACAGUUUGAGAUGUGAGCCUGCUGCCAUCAAACACUACACUGAAUGUCUGAAGAUAAAUCCAAAUACAUAUCAUGGAAAUAAAAGUGCUGAAAGUCUGAAGAGGAUUGCAAAGAGAAGAAUUGAGAACAACCCAGAGGAUGGAGAAGCCUUUGGAAUACUUGGAAUCGUUCAUAAGGCAAAAGGAGAAAAACAACAAGCCAUAGAGUGCUUUGAGAAAGCGCUGAGCUAUGUAGACAAUGAAGAUUACCUCAGUGAUCUUUGUGAACUUAGGCUUUCAUUGCAGUAAUUUUACCAAUAUGCAAUAUGAUACACAGCCAAUUAUUUACAUAUUCAUGAGAUUCAAUGGUGAUUGUAUAGUAUCUCUAAUAAUAUAUGAACUGUGGAUCAAACACUAAGACUAAUCUUGUAAAGGUUUGAAUUUAAGAUCAUUAGUAUAGUAUGAUAUUAGAUCAUAAUUAAAUGUAGUAAUGGAAUAAGAUGGCUGCUUUACUCGCCAUUAGUGUUACUAAAAGUUUGUUAAAUGCUAAAGUCUGUCCUGCAUUUUAAUUUUGAUAUCCACUUUCAUGUAAUUGUAACUAAAGCACUUUGAACUGUUAUCUUUCCUGUGGAGCAAAUACAGCUGUAUAAAACUAUAUCUAGAUGUCUACUAAACACAGCUGUUUACCAAGUUGUACAUGGUAAUACACUGCACCCUGGUGGCUUAAUACAAGACACUUAUACAAUGCAUGUGGGAAUGAUGAAUGUGUUGAAAGUGGGUAAACACACAGACAUGAUUACUGUGGAAAUUAAAGUGAGCAGAACACUUUAUCCCUGCUUAGGUAAUAAGCAUGGUAAAGCCAAUAAAAUCAGAAGAUUUUGGACACACAUCAGAAAUUAAUAUGACUAAUUAAAGCAGCAGAGUUCUUCUAACAGAACUAAAGCUAUUCUAAGAAACCGGAAUUAAAAACAAAACCACUGACCUAGAUUCUAUCUCGAUAGCACUCAUCAUCUACAUAUAUCAGUGACCCACAAACUAUAUAAUAUGAGGUAAAUUCAGGUAAAUCAGGACAGUUAAACUUAACAGCUUUUAUUUUUUGUCCUGAUAAGUGAAAGUCAAAAGUUAUGCUAAUACUUGCAAUGGAACUGCUUGAUAGAAAUAGCAUAACUUCAUUGAGCUGACAUUUUAUAAAGUGGUGUGAUCAGCAUCAAGCAGGAAGCUGACCCCAAAAUCUUAUGUUAGAAAAAGGCCAUAUGCUUUUCCUUAAAUUGUGACUAUAUUUAACAUAUUUAUGAUGGAUAUAACUUUAGGAUGUUUACUGUAACAAAAUGAACAUAAAGUUAGUUCAAAUCAUGCACAGAUGUUUAUAAUCUUUUUAAAAAGAUGUCUCAAAUUACAAAAACCAUGUUUGUGGCUCAGGUUAAUUGGUACUGUAUUAAAAUAUGAUAUGUGGAGAC